AUGUCCGCAAUUCGCUCAACGUUUUCCAGAACUUUCAAUAAGCGGUCCCUCUAUCUCCUAACGGGGGCUACAGCUGUCGUUGGUACAGCCGCAGCUUACAAUGAGUACCAAAACAACAACAAAAGAAACAGACCAAACCCAAAGGUUUGGGGCACUUUGGCUGCCGGCACCGGAUUGCACAUUGCGGAAUGUCAAAAGAAGCCAGAGGACUACCAGAAGGUGUACAAUGCCAUCGCUACAAAAUUGAGAGACGAAGACGAAUACGACAACUACAUCGGCUACGGUCCCGUGCUUUUGCGUCUAGCAUGGCAUGUGUCCGGUACCUUUGAAAAGAAGGACAACUCCGGUGGCUCUUUUGGAGGUACCUAUAGAUUCAAGAAGGAAAUGGAGGACCCCUCCAACAAGGGUUUGCAAAACGGCUUCAAGUUUCUGAGCUCGAUCCAAGAACAGUUCCCUUGGAUCUCGCACGGGGAUUUGUACACGUUGGCCGGUGUCACCGCCAUCCAGGAGAUGCAAGGGCCAAAAAUACCAUGGAGAGCCGGAAGAGUCGAUCAGACCGAGGACCUGACUCCCGACAACGGCAGGUUGCCAGACGCGAAGGGAGACGCCACCUAUGUGAGGAACUUCUACAAGAGAAUGAACUUUGAAGAUAGGGAGGUCGUGGCGCUAUUGGGAGCCCACUCUCUGGGUAAAACCCACUACGAGAACUCGGGCUUCGAGGGACCAUGGGGUGCUGCAACUAACGUCUUCUCCAACGAGUACUUCAACAACUUGAUCAAUGAAAAGUGGGAAUUUGUCAAGAACGAGGCUGGGAACAUGCAGUAUAACAGCGACAAGGGCUUCAUGAUGCUCCCAGCCGAUAUGGCUUUGGUUCAAGACCCCAAAUAUCUCAAGAUUGUGAAAGAGUUUGCCAAAGACCAAGAUGCUUUCUUCAACGAAUUUGGAAAGGCUUUCACGAAGUUGAUAGAAAACGGAAUUGAAUUCCCAAAGAACAUCAAAACAACUGUCUUCAAAACCUUGGAUGAACAAGAGUAA